GCGCAUUUUGUUUUGUGUAUUUAACGGAAACUCAAACUCAGAAUCGACACAGUAUUCCGGGCAAUUCAGCAGUGUGCAAUUCGGCGGUGCCAACGAAAUACUUCAACAAAUCUCAAGCAACCCUUAAACCUCUCCUUGCAAACUAAACCGAAAAAAAGUGCAACCUUUGUGUUACCCUGUGUUUUCGAGCGUUCAACGUAGAGCAAAACAAAUUCAAUAAUAAAAAAUGGCUAGCCUGAAGUGUAUACUUGUACUCACAAUCGCUUUCUUUGCGAGCGCUGUGUUGGCGCGACCAGGAUACGCUGUCGACUAUUAUAAUCAUCCCAAAUAUGCAUUCAAUUAUGGUGUAGCCGAUCACACAACUGGCGAUGUGAAGUCACAACAUGAAACUCGCGAUGGUGAUGUUGUUAAAGGUCAAUAUUCACUUGUCGAACCCGAUGGCUCUAUACGCACAGUCGACUACACUGCCGAUCCCAUAAAUGGUUUCAACGCAGUCGUUACGAAAUCCGGACCCACAGUGCACGCACAAGCGUUAGUGCCCGCACCACAUUACGAACCAGCACCAGUGGUUAAGCAUGUUGCGCCAGCGCCUGUUGUGGUGCCAGGACCAGCGCCGUAUGCCCCUAAACCUUAUGCUCCCAUUGCUCCCAUCCACUACGAUUACGACGAUUACGGUCAUGGUGCUCAAUACGACUAUGUGCCCCAAUAUAGCGGUCAUUAUGGUGGAGGUGCCGGUUACAAUGCUCACUACGACGGACACUACGGUGGACACCAUGGCGGUCACUAUGGCGGCCACUAUUGAGCGGUUGACAGCAGCAGCGCUCACAGCUGAGUACAACUCUUUUCGGCUUCGUUAAUUGUGUUGUUGUUGUUGUUGACGAGCAGCAAUUAGCACUUUAAAGCCACUAUAUAUUUUUUUUCUACGUUAUAUCUUCCAUACUUACUGCCUACAACUUACUCGCCAAAUGCUUUGUACCCUUCGUAUAUAUUUUAUAACUGUAACUAUUUACCGCCAGCAAUGUCCAGCAAAGUAGUUCAUAAGUUUGUAUUGUUUAUGUUUUAUUUUUUUAAUUUUUAGUUUUUUUUUCAUAUUUUUAUUGUAUUUUAUUGGUUUUUGUACGUUAUGUAUUGUGUGCAAGCUUUAAAUUUUCGAUUGCCUUUGGAGCAAAAGACAGCUCUGGCGAACCGAGCCGAUGCGUACGCGUAUAUCCACCAUUCUUGUAACAAUAAUAUUUAUAAUGAACGUUUGUAUGUAAGUGAUGAAGAUGAUGUACAAUAUAUCAAUUAUUAUGUAAUUUUUUAUUUUAAUUUGUAAUAAAAUACAAUUUUUGUAACGCGACAAUAAAACGAAUACUCAAAAAAUAA